UGGCCUCCGUGGGCAGAGGCGGCCGCCGCCUAGCACUCUCCUCAGACGGCGCGGCCCCGGCCAGGCACUGGUGGCCUCUGCGCGGCGCGGGCGCGCGGCACCAGCCCCGGCCUGGCUCGGGCACAUCGGCUCCGGCCACGGCGCGAUUGGGCGGGUGCUGCCCCGACCGGAUGCAAGCGCAGCCGCGGCAAGGGCUCAGCCUCGGGGCGGCUCUGAGCCAGGCGGCCAUCGGCCAGGGCGGGCACGAGCCCCAGCACGUGAGCCAGGCGGCCCUCGGCGGCGCGGCGGCCCCCGUCCUCGGCUCCGACGCGCGCGGAGUGGGGCUCUGGCGACGUGGACGGCCCCCGGUGCGGCGGGCACGGCCUCCAGCAGGCGCGGCCUUAGCCACGGAGGCGAGCGCGCGGUCCCCCGGCUCGCGGGCGUGGCUCCUCGACGGCGCGCGGGCGCAGCCCCUGGCGGAGCCUACGGGCACGCAGCCCCGGCGAGGCACGAGCGCGGCCUAGGCCCGAUGGAGGGCGCGGCCCCGAGGGCUGUGCGUGGGCGCUCGGCUAGCGCGGUCCCGGCGGCUCCCCGUGGUGCGGCGGCCACGCCCCGGCCCCGGCGGCUCGGGUGUGGGCCACGGCGCACGCGGGCGCGAGACCCGGUUAUAGCCCAGGCGCGGGCGCGGCCACCCGUCCAUGGCGCGCGCGGGAUUGGCGCCCGCGGUGUGCGUUUCGCGGCAACGCGCGGAUCUGGCUUGCGCGGCUUCGCGGCGGUGCCAGGACGCAGGCCCCGCGGCGGUGGGCGGGCACGGCCUCGGCGCGUGGCCCCCAGGCGGCACGCGCAGGCAGACCCCGGCGCUAGGGCGCACGGCUGCGGCGGAGCGGGCACGUGGCCACGACGCUCGGUAGUAGCCCCGACGUGAGUACUCUGGCGCGGGCACAUGCAGCAUGGCCCUGGCGACGUGGCCUCACCGGCCAUGGUCACCCAACGUGACUGCGGAUGUCUUCGCAAGUGCCACCGCCAACAUAAUUAUUUUUAGAAGAUGAAGAGGAACUGUACAUCGUACUUACGAUUUCUGGAGAUCGUAGCCCCUCUUUUUUUACUUCUUGUGAGCGGCAUAUUCUUCUUCCUUUCAACAACCACUUCUCUCUGUUCUGCCAAGCAAAAGUGCUGAUAACGUGUUGAAGUAUACUCAGUGGCAAAUGAGAAUUGAGAGAGACAAAUGGCAGAGACAAGUAACUGUCAUCUUUAUUGCAGA